AUGACAUUCAACCUCAUACAUGCCGCUGUACACCGCAGUGUCCAACGAUUCUUAUAUGCAUCAUCUGCCUGUUUUUAUCCGACAUCAUUGCAGCACCACGGAACGAACCCCAUAUCCCUCCGCGAGCAUGAAGUAUGGUCUUCUGGGGCCCCAAACCCACAAGGCCUCUACGGUCUCGAAAAGCUGAACUCCGAGUUGCUUCUGAUGCAGUUUCUCAGAAAGGCGCUCGCUGCAUUCAUGGAUCCUACUACACAGCAUGAAAUCGAGAUCUGGGGAGAUGCGAAGCUUCCUCUACAUCGACAAUUAUACAUGGAUGAUUCUCGUCCUGUCGGCGUCCAUUCACGCAAUUCAAACAAUGAGUUCAUCACGAAAAUAUUGAGCUGGACUCCAAAGAUAUCCCUCGAGGCCGGUAUGAUGAAGACCGCGAACCGGAUCAGAGGGGAAAUGGAGAAGAUGCUUAAUGGCACCGAUAAGACUGCCCGAACAGAGCUUCUGAGCACUUUCAAAACGAGCAAGGUCGUAUAUUUGAAUCGGCCCACCAUUACAUUCGCUAUCAUACUUCCCAUCACAUCCCGUGGUCUCGAGGGACCCGAGAAGAGCCUCGAAAACCUUCGAACCUUUGCAAAAUUCCUUGCACACACUACUUGGCGUUACACCCGCGAACUUGGACUCGUCCACUUUCAGGAGGGAAUCACGGAUGUUUCUACCGAGAUCUGCAAUGUACCCCGCGGUCAUGUCUGCGCCAUUUGGCGCCAGUGUGCACGUCGGGCUUGGAAGGAAAAGGCGGAUUAUUUCGUUCUAAUGGGUGAUGAUGUCGUUCUCCUCGAUGAAGGCUGGAUGAGAGACAUCAUCCAUGAACAGUUCACGCUGAUUGCACAACACGAACAUGUCCCUCAAGGUAUGGGAUGCGUCGCCUUCACAGAUGUGACUUUCCCCGGAAUGCCCACAUUCCCCGUAACCGUUAUCCACCGCACUCAUAUGAAUGCCUUUGGCGGCCAAGUCAUACCCAAUGUUUUUAUUAAUCAAGAUGCGGACCCAUUCCUCUUCCAGCUGUACCGCAAAUGGGGCUGCUCCAUAAUGAUACCAUCAAGACUUUGCAACGGCAUUGGCGGAAGCCUACCUGCACGAUAUAUUCAACAACAUGCAGAUGGAUGGACGUUCGGUCCGUUGACUGAGGCAGCUUCAGCACUGGAAACAUCGUUGGCGACAUCUUUCCCGGCCGCUACUCGCAAAAUGACCUUGGACAUCAUCAUUCCAAGCUACCUGGUUCUGCUCCCUUUCCUCGAUGCCAUCCUUGCCCUCAAGGAGUCUCCAACUUGUGAAACUAUGUUCAUCAUCAUCGACAACCCACACUGCCCUAAAAUCACCGAGCUAGAAGCAAAAUAUGCCCAUCGCCCAGACAUCCGCAUCCGCAUCAAUGAAAGUAACCUUGGCGCCUCGGCGUCACGAAACAGAGGCAUGAAGGAAUCUGCCGCGGAUUGGAUUCUAUUCCUUGAUGACGAUGUCACACCUCAAGAUGACAUCCUGAUAGAAGCUGAGAAAGCCAUUCGUGCGAAUCCACAGGCUGAUGAGAACGAGAGUGACAUGCCAUGGGGUGUCACAGCCAAUCUCAUUGCCCGCCGUGUUCAGGACGGUGUGGAAUUUGACUUGCAGGUCCCGAAAAGAGGUGGAGGAGAAGACAUCGAUUUCUGUCGGAAGAAGCGCGACUUCUCUGUUGCUCAUGGGGGCGAAGGAUUUUAUCCUGCUCCUCGUGUCAUCGCAACUCACCCUUGGUGGAAAAAUGGUCAAAGAUCAUACUGGCGUUUUUACAUGUGGUCCAAAGGCGACGGGGGACUCAUGAAGCUCUACCCAAAUCUGACUCUAUCAGAUUCACGACCCGGGAACUCGGCCCUGAAUCAGCUCAACAGUUGGGUGCAGGGGGAGCGAGGGACUGAACACCUGAACAUCGAAGGUGGCUCAAAUUACUUUCCAACUCCGGUUAGAUACACCGUACAAAAUAUGCUGCUAUACAUCUCGGCGCAGCGUAGAUUUUAUCUAUACAAAAUAUGA